AUGUGUACAUAUAUUUACUUCCUUAUCAGGUAUGUCACACAUCCGGGGUUCCCCAUGGACAUAGCCUCAACUCUGCCAUUUCAGUCCAUACUGCGGGUCUUCACCGGGACAAUGCCCCAUGGUGACUUCUUUGGCUUUCUCAACCUGCUCCGCCUGUGGCGACUCAGGCGUGUUAGCGAACUCUUCUCAAGACUAGAGAAGGACACACGUGUUAGCUACUUUUGGACAAGAUACUUCAAACUAAUAUGCGUGACACUAUUUGGAGUGCACUCAGCAGGUUGCUUCUACUACUGGCUAGCCACCCAUCACAAGAACACAACGGACACAUGGAUUGGAAGUCAGGUUAGUGACUUUGAACAAAGAAGCAUAUGGCUGGGAUACACCUAUUCCAUGUACUGGUCAAUUGUCACCCUCACCACGGUUGGCUAUGGAGACUUGCACGCAGAGAAUACGGGAGAGAAGAUUUUCAACAUCUUCUACAUGCUAUUCAACAUUGGUCUCACCGCCUAUUUAAUUGGAAACAUGACCAAUCUCAUUGUCCACAGUGCUGUUAGAACCUUUGCCAUGAGGGAUGCCAUCAAUGAGAUCUUGCGAUAUGCAAGCAAGAAUAGACUUCCAGAAGGAUUGAAGGAGCAAAUGCUGGCGCAUAUGCAGCUCAAGUUCAAGACAGCAGAAUUGCAACAAGAAGAAGUGCUUAAAGACCUUCCGAAGGCAAUAAGAUCUAGCAUUGCUCAGCAACUGUUCCGCAGAACUGUCAACUAUACCUAUCUUUUCAAAGGAGUCUCCGAAGACUUUAUUGUCCAGUUGGUCUCAGAGAUGAAAGCGGAAUAUUUUCCACCCAAGGUUGAAAUAAUCUUACAAAACGAGAUAUCUACGGACUUCUACAUCCUAGUAUCUGGAGCUGUGGAUGUGCUGACAUACAAGAAUGGAAUGGAGCAGUUCUUGUCAAAACUAGGACCCACAGAUAUGUUUGGAGAAAUAGGGGUGAUUUUCAAUAUUCCACAACCGUUUACGGUGAGAAGUAAGAGGCUUUCUCAGGUCAUCAGGAUCAGCCAUCAUCAGUUCAAGCAAAUGGUGCAGCAACUUAAUGAAGAUGGAAAGACAGUGAUCUCCAACUUCGUUCAGUACUUAAAGGGCUUAAAAAAGGAGGAGCUAGAAGAGAUACCGUUUGUAGCAGAACUAUUGGGUGACUUCAAUGUAGAGCGUCAAGCAUCAAUCGAUGGACAACAAAAUCAUGAAGCAUCAAAUUAUAGUGAAGAGGCAAAUAUAGAAGGUUGGUAA